CGCCGAGUACAGUAGCCAAUCGGAUGCGCGUGGAAGGCGGAGCCUCUGUUUCUGGACUUUUCGUCCAUAGCCACACGUGACGCGCUAGAGUCGCAGGCGGAGUGCUGCAUCAGUGUGUACGGACUAUGGAGCUGAAGAUGCGGUUAUGUGUGGCGCUGCUCUCUCUGAGUUUGUGUCUGGGCCUCAUGGGUCACGUGAGGGCACAGGAGGAGGCCGAUGAAAUGGAGAUGGACGUGGAAGAUGCCAUCGAUGACAUGCAAGAGGAAGAUGUUGAGGAAGAGGCACAGCAAGCCCCCACUUCCCCACCAGUGCCCAAGGUGACAUAUAAAGCUCCAGAGCCGAUGGGAGAGCACUACUUUGCGGAGUCAUUCGAUAAAGGAACAUUUCAUGGAUGGGUUUUAUCCCAGGCCAAGAAAGAUGGCAUCGAUGAAGAAAUUGCAAAAUAUGAUGGUAAAUGGGAGGUUGAGGAGAUGAAGGACACUAAACUCCCAGGCGAUAAAGGUCUGGUGUUGAAAUCUAAAGCUAAGCAUCACGCCAUCUCUGCUCUUCUACUGCGACCUUUCACCUUUGACACCAAACCGCUCAUCAUCCAGUAUGAAGUGAACUUCCAGACUGGCAUUGACUGUGGCGGCGCUUAUGUUAAACUGCUGUCUCAAACCCCUGAUCUUGACUUGGAGGAGUUUGUGGAUAAGACUCCAUACACCAUCAUGUUUGGGCCUGAUAAGUGUGGUGAGGAUUACAAACUGCACUUCAUCUUUAGACACAAGAACCCAAAAACUGGCGAGUUUGAGGAGAAGCAUGCUAAGAAGCCAGACGCUGACCUCCGCACAUACUACACCGACAAGAAGACUCACCUCUACACACUGGUGCUGAACCCUGAUAACAGUUUUGAGAUCCUGGUCGACCAGACGGUGGUGAACAGCGGCAGUCUCUUGAAUGAUAUGACUCCCCCCAUCAACCCCCCAGCCGAGAUCGAGGACCCUGAUGACCACAAACCAGAGGACUGGGAUGAGAGACCCAAGAUCCAGGAUCCAGAUGCCGUCAAACCCGAGGACUGGGACGAAGACGCUCCUGCUAAGAUUGCUGAUGAAGAUGCUGUGAAACCCGACGGCUGGUUGGACGAUGAGCCAGAGUACAUCAGUGACCCUGAUGCCCUCAAGCCAGAAGACUGGGAUGAGGAUAUGGAUGGCGAGUGGGAAGCACCUCAGAUCCCCAAUCCCGUCUGUGAAACCGCCCCCGGCUGCGGCCCAUGGGAGAGGCCAAUGAUUGACAACCCCAACUACAAGGGCAAGUGGAAGCCACCAAUGAUUGACAACCCUAAUUAUCAGGGAGUGUGGAAGCCCAGGAAGGUCCCUAACCCAGACUUCUUUGAGGACCUGCACCCGUUCCGUAUGACUCCAUUCAGCGCCGUCGGUCUGGAGCUCUGGUCCAUGUCCUCUGAUAUCUUCUUUGACAACUUCUUCGUAACCUCUGAUCGUAAUGUGGCCGAGCGAUGGGCGGCUGAUGGCUGGGGUCUGAAGAAAGCAGCUGAGGGAGCCGCAGAGCCCGGUCUGGUGAAUCAGAUGAUAACCGCUGCUGAAGAGAGACCCUGGCUCUGGAUAGUCUACGUCUUGACUGUGGCUCUGCCUCUGGUGCUCAUCAUUGUCUUCUGCUGCACCGGAAAGAAGAGCUCAGAGUCCACAUCUGCUGCUGAGUACAAGAAGACAGACGCACCACAGCCAGAUGUGAAGGAGGAAGCAGAGGAAGAGGAAGAGGAAGAGGAAGCCAAGGAAGAGGAACCCAAGGAGGAGUCAGAAGCAAAGAAGAGUGAAGAAGAUGACUCCACAGGAGAAGCAGAGGAGGCCGCAGAAAAUGAGAAAAAAGACGACAAUACAUCCAAUGAGAAAUCAGAGGACGACAUUCUGAGAAGGUCUCCCAGAAGCAGGAAACCGAGAAAGGACUAAUGGACUUCCUGAUUCUAUAUCCCACCAUCCCUCUCCUCUCCUCUCCUCUCCUCCCGGUCCUGCCCCAUGUUCCCUCCCCUCACUCCCACGUCCCGUCCUUCCCCGUUCUUCUUCUCCAUCCUUGCCGCCAUGAUGAUGGUC